AUUGACAAGAGGAUCGUGUUCCAGCUGGAAUUACGCGUGGAAUUGUCGAGGAACAUUGGUGGCCGCAUCGACAUCAAAGGAAGUGACGUAACAUGCUCCGGGUUAACAGGCAUCGGAACCGUUGGAAGGGAAACCGUUUCGGGGGGAGCCGGUUGCGAUGCAGCUAGCGGAUUUCGUACGGGAUCAACAGGAGAUCCAAUCGUCGACAUGCGAGUAUUGCACUUUCAGCGCGAGGAGGAGAGGCGUGGGAAGAUCAACGCCGUCUAUAAUCUGGGUGUCGUUGCUACUGACACUGGGAACAAGGACAACGGCGUCAGCGACGAACAUGACAAACGUGUCACCGCUCGCCUCGACGGUGAAGCCGAUCACGACCACGGAAGUAGUUUAUCAGAGAUUCGCGAUCGAGCCGAUGGAUCAGACCGCGGUGAUUGGCAGCCGAGUGACGCUUCCUUGCCGGGUCCUCGAUCAGAAGGGACCUAUUCAAUGGACAAAGGACGACUUCGGGCUUGGCGCCGUUAGAAACCUCACGGGAUACGAGCGUUACGCCAUGAUCGGCAGCGACGAGGAGGGUGACUUCUCGUUGCAUAUUUACCCGGUCGAAUUGGAGGACGACGGCACUUACCAGUGUCAAGCCUCGCCGACGAACGACGGCCAGCCGGCGUUACGCUCGAGAUUCGCCAAGCUGAGCGUGCUGGUUCCGCCUCAGAAGCCAAAGAUCCUUCAGGGCGACUUUCUUAUCACGACCGAGGACCGGGAAUUGGUGAUCGAGUGCGUCAGCGUGGCUGGCAAACCGCCUGCGGAGAUCACGUGGAUCGACGGGCUUGGGAACGUGCUGCACAGAGGCAUAAAAACGACCAAGGAACUGUUCGACGACGGCCCUUUGUACACCGUGAAAUCCGUGCUGAGGGUGAUGCCGCGCAAGGACCACGACAACACGACGUUCACGUGCCAAAGUCAGAACGCGGCCGACCGCACGCCGCAGAACGCGAAACUGCGCGUCGAGGUCCGCUACGCGCCAAAAGUGUCUCUGAGGAUCCGGUCGGGGCUGGGCAAGAACGGACGGAUCGUGGAGGGCAGCGAGCUACGCUUCAAGUGUCGCGCGGAGGCGAACCCGCCGAACGUCGAGUACAGGUGGUUCAUUAAUGAGAAGAAGGUGAUCGGCGACUACACCACGGAGAUGAUCAUCCACAACGCGACCCGAGAUCUUCACGAUGCGAUAGUAAAGUGCGAGGUUCACAACGACGUCGGGAAGAGCGAGGACACCGAAACUCUGGACAUAACGUACGGGCCACAGUUCCGGCACCAGCCGAUCUCCGUGGAGACCCAGUACGGCGCCACGGAGAUCUUGCAGUGCGACGUUGACGGGAACCCGACGCCUGAGAUCCGCUGGUACCACGAGGAUUCGGAGCGGCAAGUGGCAAGCACGCCUAACAUCAGCGUGGUGGUGAACCACGAGACGGCCGGACGCUAUUUCUGCAAGGCGCACGCCGGUUUCCAGGAGUUGAUGGGCUACGCGAAUAUCUACAUCCGGGCUCCGCCGAGUAUCGUGUCGCAGAGGGUGCAAUACGUGCCCGACGAGGGUGCCGUCAAGGUGAAGUGUACCGCGAUAUCUGUGCCAAAAGCGGACUCGGUGGUAUGGAGCUUCGCCGGUCGCGAGUUCAAUCUCUCGACGAACAAUACGCAGUUUUCCGUGCAGGAGGAAUACACCGCCGAGAGAGUCGUCAGCACUGUCACACUGCUCGAACCCACAUCCACGUACUUCGGGGAUUACAACUGCACGGUCACGAAUAGCUUCGGCACGGAUUCCGUCAUAAUCAAGCUGACGGCACACACGUUGAUUCCAGUCGAUUUGCAACUGAUUCUGAUCAUCGGUGGCCUGGUCGUCUGCGUGAUCCUGAUUGGCGUGAUCAUUAUACUCAUUCUGCAGUGCCGCGACCGCAUCAAACAGCCACGACCGAGGACGGCCCAGACCCAGGAGACUGAUAUGCAAGAAACAGACUCGAACGCGGACAGGUAUCGGGAAAGCGACAGAAGCAGCAAUCUGUCGGACGUGAAGGCGGAUAUACGAGCUGGAUCGAGCGUGAGCAACGCGGAAAGCGUGACGGCGCUCGACAGCGAGGGCGAAGGAAGCACGAGAGGCGUGAACGCUUUGGCGCUGGCAGGACCGGUCCCCAAUCCCCUGGGUUAUCGUUACAGCGCCGAUUACACGGAACCUUCGUUCCCGCCGAAAAAUAACGACGGCAGUAACAAUAACGGUUACGUGCCGUAUGUGGACUACACCCGCGACUACAUGCCGCCCACGACGCAAGGUGUGGGAGCGUCGCGGGAAUCUUUGAGCAGGAUACCUUCCGGCGGCAUACUAGCCUCGAAGAAGAUCGGUCUGAGUUCCGCGAAUUUGGGCAGCUCGACCCCGCAAACCACACCCGCGAUCGACCCACGUUUCUCGGCAACGUAUGGAAACCCCUACCUCAGAAUGUCAGCAGCGGAGCAACUGAGACACGCGCCGCACACAGCUGUGCCGGGAGUGACGCCUGCACCACCGCCUUACACGCAAGCAAUGAGAAUGAAUAGCUUGAAUACCUUGAACGGCGCUGGACCGCAGGCACCACUGUCGGCGCACUAUAUCACGGGCGGGCCGAACGGCGGAGUGGCGACGGUGAAACGCACCUCGGCGGUGGGCACGUUAGCGACGCAUGUAUGAGGCCAGGGGGUCUAUCCGAACUAGAACCAUCGACGUUCGGGCCUAACUAGUACCGCCUUCGGAUCGGCUCACCGCUCCAUCGACACUGUGAAACGGCGAGAAGAAACGAUUCUCGCGGAGGGCAGUGCGGCGAGAAGGUGUCGAGAUGGACGAGCGAGCGCGACCACGAUCGCCGACGUCGAACGAUUGCUCGACGGGGGAGAAAAGUGGUCGAAGGACGAGUGGAGGAAGUUUCGGGUGAAGGGACAGGGGGGGCAACGGGGGGGAAUAGGGAACGAGAACGGGGAGGCGUUGAGAUACAUCGAGAUGGUGCUACGACAAUUGCGAAGAGCCAGCCGCGAUCAUCGAAAACUCGUGGAGGGGCGGAAUCGAGGAGCGCGAACGUUUCCUUCUUGCGAGGUCGAGUGUGUUUCGGAGAAGUCGGGCGUUGGGGGAAGUUUGGCGAUUCGAGGGGGUACGUCCUCGAGAGAGACGGUGGAAAGGUGGUUAGGAGAAGUUGGAGGAUCGAGGGAAGAACCGCAAGAACUCGCCGAGUAUCCCUGCGUGGACGUCACGAGGAAACUGUUGGCGAAGAGGAAGCCGUACGCGAGGGGAAUUUACCUAUUGGAAACGAUGCCCAGGAGGAUCCACGAGAGGAUGAGCGUGGCGGCGGGUCGACAGGGUUUACGAUACGUUCCUGCGUACCAAGGAAUUGAUACCACGAUCAUUCGAUGAGGAACGCCAGGUUUUUCGCCUUAAACGUCCACGCGUCUACGCAACACUCCAGGCCGAGGGUAAGAAAUGGCAAGAAAAGCGAUCCGAUCGAGCGGCGAUUCGACCUAUAUGGGAAGAUCGAUCCAAGCGAAUUUCGAGGAAUGGGACGAGCAGCGAGGAAACUGGUAUCGAAUAAUGGCGAACAAAGGAUAGACCGGUCGAGCUUGUCGAAUUGAUCAGCCCGAGCAUACGCGUGGUAUUCCAUUUAAGAAGACUGACUAACUCGAUGGGCGAGAAGAGGUUCCUUCAUCGACUCGGAAGCACAGUGUAUUUUUUUCUAUCGACUAAUAGGAAUGAAAAAUAAUUGAGCAUCGAACGGAAAAAGGGGGAAUAAAUGAUCGUCGGAAGCGAUGCGAUUUUUUUCGAAAAUGAAAGAAGAGAAAAGGAAAAAAGAAGAAAGAAGUUGACAAGAAAGAAGACGAGGAAAGGAAAGGAGGACGAUCGGAAGUGACGGUGGUUGGAGAGUUGGACGAAGGACGGUGGUUAGAUUCGUAAAUCGAAGGAGCUCUUCGGAACGAGAAUAGACCACUCGGUAUCGACAAUCUUUUAUUCGCAUACUUAUAUAGAUCUCGAUAAGCAUUUAAUGUUCAUUCGAAAAACGUAACGAAAAAAUGGGAAUCGAAUCUCAUCGCGUUGAUCGUUGCGGUCGUAAGUAGCAGCAGUCUUACCUUUACAAGCAUCGUGAUGCGAAUUACCUACUACGACUACGAACGGAACAUGGAGCGAUUAUGCUCGCUAUGGAAAGAGGUUAUUUCGCGUUUCUGUACAUGUGAUACGUAGACGGAUGUCCAAGUCUGUGAAUGACGUGUUCGAAAUUGUUGGAUCGCGUCUCGGACGGACAACGUCUCGGCUGCUACUUCGACGUCACUGCGUCGCGUUGCCUUUUUUUAUUGUAGGGAAAAAAAAAAA